AUGAAUAUUAAUUCAUCCGAUAGUAUUAAAAAUGCACAGAAUAGCGAUCAAAAGAAAACAGGGAUAUUCAACCUGCUGAAAUAUAUUCCUACAAGUUUAAAGAAGUCAGAAUCUGUACAACCUAUCAGUAGUAUUAAAAGUUUGGUAAAAUCUAAAAAUGAAAAAUAUCUGAAAGAAAGUAUUGAAUCAUUCACUGUUGUCAAAAGUGAAAACGUACUAUCGGCUGCCAGAGAAAGACAAAAGCAUCAUAAUGAAAUAAAUAACACACUACCGAAUACCGAUAAAAGAAGUUCAUCAACUGCAGAAGUGAGGGAUACCUAUCAAGAAAUCAGUUUGACUCCAGAUAUUCACUCUGAAAAAUCUAAAGAAUCCCACAGAAAAAUCCUCAGUUGCAGUGGAACACAAAAUGUUCCUAUAAGUGAUAUCAAUGUUAAUGAGCAUAAUAAAAAACUGAGAAAAUUUGUCAAGCCUCAACUCAAAGAGGCUGUCAAAUGUUUCUCAACUCUAUGGCCUGAAAAAACUUAUGAUUCCAGAUCAAUAUUUUCCAGUAGAUCAUGUUUUUCAGAUAGUAUUUCAGUGAAAUCACUACAUAGUUUUGUUGAGGAUAGUGAUAACUAUCAUCAUUAUCGUCAUACUGUGAAUAUAUUUCGACUUCGAAGUCUUCCAAGUAGUCCCAUAAAAAACUGUGAAACAAAAGCAAGCUCAGAUAUCAGUCAGAUUGGUCCAGGUGCAGUUAGUGAUGCACCACAAUUGAGGCCUAUUCGUAAAACAUCUUCAGUUGAUGAAGCCCGUAUGACUACGAAUGUUAAACAACUGGAAUCUGUGUAUAAAAGGCAACAAGCAUGUCAACGUUCCUCUGUGAUCAUUUUACCGAAUAAUUUUUUAAAGUCAAAUUGUCAUGCGAAUUUGAUCAUUGUUCUUCCACAAAAAAAAUAUAAAUUGGUGAAUCUAAAAUCGUUUAGAGAUUUCUACCUGAGAAACUGUCCACCAAUGAAAUCCAAAAGUUUAGACUUCUAUCAUAGCUUAAAAGAUAGCUCUGGGAAAGAAUUCACUCAUGCUGAUGCUGAAAGUCGUCACACUUUGAAUUUUUCAAAUAAAGAAGCGAAUGAUUCAUUAACCGACUGUAUAUGUACGGAUAAGAAUAUAAUUGGUGCGGUGCGCUCCUGGCAGGAAGGAGCUGUUUGGUCAGUUUCUAUUGAUGAUGAUAAUAAUACUGAUGUAAAUCUAAAAUCGACUUCAGAAGAAUUGUCUGGCGAAGAUUCGUCACUCAGGCCAUAUGAAAAUAGAAAGCCCAGACUAUGUGAAUUAGCAAGUUUCGAAGGCAUGCAUUUCUGUUCACCAAUAAAAUAUUCAUGUUCAAGUAAAACGUUGGAUGAUUAUACAGUGUCGCAUGAUGAUAAUAACGAAGGUACACCUACAGACUCGUCAGUACGAGACACAAACUCUCCUUAUAGUACUAACAUAACUUAUUCAAAGAAAUUUAUCAGUGAUUUCGUCCUCAUGAAUAUGAUUAAACAUCACAAUGAACGAAAAGAGGCUGAUGUUCUUUGCGAUUCAAAACCAUCAAGAGUUAUUCAUACAGAGUCACCCACAGAAGUCUCAAAUGAAGAUGUUCACUCGAACGCUACAGAAACUGCUUCAUUUUACACCUCAAUUUCAACGUCCACAAGAAAAAAACUACCUUGGGAAGAAGCAGCAGCGUCUUUUGCACCGAAAUAUCAUUCCAAUAAAUUGAACAGUUCAGUUACUUUCAAGAAGACAAAUAAACCGUUUUCAGUGAAGAUUCCUCUUACUCAAUCUCGUAAAAAGUUCGGAGCGAAAUUUGGCAUCUAUGAUGACAUAAAUUACAAGAAUUCGCCAGUUGGUUCAGGUUUCAUCGACCAUAUAGAAGUGAUAACAAGUGUUUGUGAGGUUCCUGCAACUCGGUGA